UCUUGUCAUAGUUGUCAAUUGUCAUAUUUGUUCACAACUUUGUGGUUAAAAAGUUGUUAAAAAGGAUAUCGCCAAAAUCUACUGAAAUAGCCUUUUACAGUAUUUUCGUAUUCAAGAAAUAAUUCUAGCGUCUGAUAUUUCUUACACCAAACUUUUUGACCAUUUAUAACAGAUCGUAAUACAGAUUACAGUUUGUUUAUUUGGGAUUUGUGAAUCAAACAGCACACAUGGGGCGAGAUCGAGAUCGUAGUAUUUCGCGGCACCGCAGUCGCAGCCGCAGUCGCGAGCACCGCAGAAGCCGCGACAGAGGGCGGGACCGUAGCAAGGAGCGGCACCGAUCACGAGAGCGAAGCAAAGAUCGACACAGAGGCAAAAGUGUAGACCGGAGAGAGCGCACAAGAGAUCGUAGCGGAGACAGACACAGCAAAGAGCGCCAGAGAGAUCGGAAGCCCAGGGAGCGUAGUCACAGCAGGGAAAGAUCGCACAUGCCUCAUAAGGACAGGGAAAAUGAGCACCGUGGGGAUGAUAGGGCUCGUAGCUCGUACAAAGAUUUCGGUGGUGGAGGAGGGCUGGGCUCAGGCGGGGGUUUUGGCUCUGGUGGAGGAUUUGGAGGAGGCCUAGGUAGCAGUGCGACCGGUACAAGCGGUGGUGUAGGCGGCCGUGGACGCUACAAACCACAAGAAGAUGACUUCUUGGACGCGCGCCGCGUGCAACGCGAGCGCAUCGGCGAGCUAGGAGUUCCUGUUGUAUGGGGCAAGUCACCUCAGAGGCCAGAUUCUGAUGAAGAAUCUGAACCAGAAAACAACAAAAAAAGCAAAGACAAGAAAAAGAAAAAGUCCAAAGACAAAGGGGACACCAAGCAGAAGCUAAAGAAGUUAAAGAAGAAACUGAAGAAAGUAAAGAAGGCACGCAAGAAAGCUAAGAAAAAGUCCAAGAGUUCCUCCAGUGACUCCAGUACGAGUGAAGAAGAGGUUUGGGUGGAGAAAGGAAAAGAGCACGAAGUGAUCGCCCGCACAUCCAUGGAAGAAGAAGACGCCACCCCGGGCCCCUCGCCCGCCGUGGACUCGUGCAGCGCCAGCACGGGCCCGCUGCGCGAGUUCGGGCGCGCGCUGCUGCCCGGCGAGGGCGCCGCCAUGGCCGCCUUCGUGCAGGACGGGAAGAGGAUCCCGAGGAGGGGGGAGAUCGGCCUGACCAGUGACGAGAUCGCGGCCUACGAGAGCGUGGGAUACGUCAUGAGUGGGAGCAGACAUCGUCGCAUGGAAGCCGUACGUAUCCGCAAGGAGAACCAGAUCUACUCCGCGGACGAAAAACGAGCUUUGGCCGCAUUCAGCAAAGAGGAGAGGGCCAAGCGGGAGGGCGCCAUACUUGCUCAAUUCAGAACUGUGCUCAGGGCUCGAACUGCGAGAAGAGACGACGCAUAAUAUGGAAGCUGUAUACGGCGCCUUUAGCAGAGAGAGCCAAGUGAGAGAGAAUGUUGCCCAUACUAGCGCAGUUUAGGACCGUUCUCAGGGCUAGGACUUCGAGAAAAGAUAAUACGUAACAGCCUGUGGGAAUCCAGUUCUAUGAAUGAUGCCACGGAGGAAUAAAUAUUUUUCAAGUUUUUGAAAUAUACGAUUCACGUAUAUAUUCCUUUGUUGCUCUUUCCUUUCCUAUAGUGUAGAGAAGGCCUAAAUGGUGCGAUAUGUGAAAUGUGGACUCAAUUUUUGAUACUGCAUCCUUAACUAAUAUUAGUUACUUUUAAAAUGCUUUGUCAGAUAAAUUCUAAGUAUGAUGAAGAAGAUUCACUGAUCUGUUAAAAAUCAGUUACUUAAUUGUGAAUAAUUUAUAGUUAUGUAAUAUAAUCUGUAAAAAUGAAUUAAACAACAU